CACAAGUUUUGUUCAGCCGCGGCUCCAUUCCAUUACCUCAGUCCACUGGUUGUAUCCGCGAGGAACACCCGCUUUCAUUCUCCAUACCUGUAACCUACUAACAGCACCACACACCAUGUCUCUCCAGGAGCAAUUCGACAAGGCCGCCGGUGAUGUUAAGAAGCUGAAGUCUCUGCCCAGCGACACAGACCUUCUGGAGCUGUACGCCCUCUUCAAACAGGCGACCGUUGGAGACUCCGACCCUUCCAACAAACCCGGCUUACUUGACCUGAAGGGCAAGGCCAAGUUCGAAGCGUGGACCAAGAAGAAGGGCACCUCCAAGGAGGACGCACAGAAGGCCUACAUCGCCAAGGUCGAGAGCCUCAUCGCCUCCAUCGGCCUCCAGUAAAAAAAAAACAGUUUGGGCGAGCGGAACCAUUGUCAGUGUGGGCAUUGCGUAAUAUGACAGAAUUAUUCAUAAAUCAGAACAUUAUAGAGUGAAUCCUUCCAUCGAAUCUCUAAUGGGCGAAAAAGUGCAUUUAGUCAAUAAAAGGUCAUUAUGAAUUUUUACGCAUGCCCUUCGGUAUAACCAACGCUGACGUUUUUCGAGACUGAACAUGAACAUGACUAAUAACUUAUUACCAGUUACAAGCAUUUGGAGCGCCCUAGUAUUUGGGUCGUAGCGACUCAGUAUCAGAUGUGUGUUAUGUUAUGAUGGUGAAAGGAAAAACGAACUGCACUUUAUAUAUUUAUUAUAACUAAAUAUUUGUGGGAGCACAACACAGCCAAUGGUACAGCGACGCCAUCUUGGGUAAUGGGUGCAAGAGAGUUGCCACAGAUAACACCAAAUACGACACAACUAAGACUAGUGAUGUUAUAACCAACCUAACAUCCCUUAAGUUUAUAUUAUCUCUUAUUUAGCUCAUCUUUACAACAUGUUAAAGUCUACAGAUCAAUAUGGGUAAAAUUGCUUUCCAUCAAUUUGUUAUAUAAAGUUCCUGCCGCCCGUCUCAUGAGUCAAUUAUUUAUAAUUUCGGUUUAGGCACAAUUAGUAUAAGAUGUUGGACAUCACAAUAUUGUAAGAUGGCAUCACAUAUUUAUUGUGAUUAUAAUUGUGUGAUACGCUCGUUUUGAGUUGGUAUUGUUUUGUUAUACUUUUUUAUAUUGCCUGUGAAAUAAAAUCAGUUGUGAACUGUUA